AUGCCCAAGAGAAAGGCUGCAACAGCUGAGGGAGUUGAGAAGGAGGAGCCGCAGAGGAGAUCGGCCCGGUUAUCAUCUCGGCCAGCCCCACCUAAGGCAGAACCAAAGGCCAAGAAGGCAGCUAAGAAAGAAAAGGCCGUGAACGACAAGAAGGAGGACAAGAAGACCAAGAAGGCAAAGGAGAACGCAGAGGCCGAGGCCAAUGAAGAAAACCACUCUGAGAACGGGGAUGCCAAGACCAACGAGGACGAAGCAGCUCCAGAAGAGGCCAAGGAGGAGGCCAAGUCUGAGUAG